AUGUCGACGUCAGUGAUUGUUGGAUGGCCGAAUCGGGCGCUCCGCUCACUUCUGAUCCCACUAGGAUGCAGCGAUUCUCUGGUUGUGACUGGCAAGACAUUGUUCGCCUACAGUCUCCGUAACGUUAUGUUCUGUGUCAGACGUAUUGCUUUUCUCUUGCUGAUUCUUGCAGCAGUUGCUGAAAUGAAGCCACUGUCGGAGUUGUUCAACAACCUUAUGAAGAAACAAACAGAGAUUAAGAAUCAACAACUUCUACAGUUUAUCUCCAAGGCUGUGCCCUACGGUAUUGAUCCGCCCAACCCUAAAAUUGCUGAAUAUGAAACAUUCAAAUCCGACAAGUCUGCAAAUUUCGUUCGAGACGGAAACGGCAACGUUGUGUUCAGACAGUUUCGACGUGUGCGCCUGUCUGAUGUCAUGCAACGACGUGGUCGCACCGGUAUUUAA